ACGAUCCCCCUAAACAAAUAUCGAACCUACAGCGUCAAAACCCAUGCCAUUGAACCGUUCACAACAUGGCCGUCAAGUGACCCACUUGGUCCAUCUGCCACAAUGCGAACAUCACGAAUUUCAAAGGACACUGCAAAGCUGGUGAGGCGAGCCGCAGGUUCUGUCUCGCCACCGCGGCGCACGACGCGAUCCUCGCUUGCGCGCUUCGCCCAUAAUGCGGGCGUGAAUGGCGUCAAGGCGGAACAGACACCCGACAUCGAAGACAGCAUCAGCCCGCCGCCGCGGAAGCGCAGGAGAGGCUCCGAUGCCUCUUUCUCCGCCGAAUUGGCCAAGGCCGAAGCCGACUCGGACCAGGACGACAAGCUCGAUGCCCUGUUGGCAGCUGCGGCCCCCCCAAAGAGCGCACGCCGUGCCCGCAAGCCCGCGCGCAGAGUCGCGGAUCCGGACACCGGCGAAUCGACAGUCUCCCCCCCGUCUGACUGGGAAGAGAUGUACAACGUCGUGAGGAAGAUGCGAGCGCCGGGUGGCGCCGCCUACGGGGCUGCGGUAGAUACAAUGGGCUGCGAGCGCCUGGCGGACAGGAACGCUUCGCCAAAGGACCAGCGGCUGCACUCGCUGAUAGCGCUGAUGCUAUCUAGCCAGACAAAAGACACGGUCACGGCGGUGGUGAUGCGGAAGCUGCAGACGGAACUGCCGGCGUACAAGCCCGGAGCACCGGUGGGAUUGAAUCUGGACAAUGUGCUGGCGGUAGAUCCGAAUCUGCUGAACCAGAUGAUCUGGGCUGUUGGAUUCCACAACAACAAGACCAAGUACAUAAAACAGACGGCAGAAAUUCUCCGUGACAAAUGGAACGGCGACAUCCCAGACACGAUAACCGGCCUGACAUCUCUCCCUGGCGUCGGCCCCAAGAUGGCCUACCUCUGCAUGUCUGUUGCCUGGAACCGCACCGAGGGCAUUGGCGUCGACGUGCACGUCCACCGCAUCACCAACAUGUGGGGGUGGAACAAGACCAAGAACCCGGAGGAGACGCGGCUGGCGCUGCAGUCGUGGCUGCCGCAUGACCGGUGGCGCGAGAUCAAUAGCCUGCUCGUGGGACUGGGGCAGAGCGUGUGCUUGCCCGUGGGACGGCGGUGCGGCGAUUGCGAUUUGGGGUUGCAGGGGCUUUGUAAAGCGGCGGAGAGGAAGAAGGUUCUUGAGGGGAGGAAGAUCAAGGGGGAGCUGAUUAAGGAGGAGAAGCUGAUUAAGAUUGAGAAGAAGGAAGAGGAGGGAGAGGAGGGAGUGAAGAGAGAGAGUGUCGGCGCGGUUGUUGUCAAGACCGAGGCCACUAUGAAACAGGAGGUCGAAGUUGAGGUCAAAGUCAAGAAAGAGGAAGAAGACUGAUAAGAACUAGAAAUGGACUCGCAUAUGGCCGUAUUGGAGAUAGACACAUGUUCUCCGAGGAAGGAGCCCCGACUUCGCUCAUCGAUGAAUCAACUUUAGGGCGUGGAGUUUUGCAGCUCGCCACGUAGCAUGAUACCACAUGUAAGCAUAUUACUGGCCUCUCUUGUUUUUUUCUUACUGUCUUAGCACACUUUAGAUGGAUAUAUGUAUAAACCUAUAUAGAGCCGAGUAACAAGAGCUAGAC